UGACAGCUUCAGUGCGUAUGUAGAUAAUGAUUAAUGUUGACAAGGAGGCUGCAUAAAUUAAUCGUCAAUAGUGACAGUAGCUAAUGCAUAACUGUGGAGUUUAGCAAGUUGAGAAUGGAGAAUUAUAAGCUUCACCAAAGGCUGGGCAAAGGAGCUCAAGGUGCUGUAUUUCUAGUAGAAAACAAACAUGACAAGAAGAAAUAUGUCUUGAAGAAGGUUGAGUGCAAUGAUGAAAGUGAAGCAAACAAAGCUUUCAAAGAGGCCAUGGCUCUUCAAGAACUCAAACAUCCUUACACUUGUGGUUACAAGGAAUUCUUUGUCACAUGGGACAAAGAGGAAUCUGCAAUGUUUGUGUGUAUUGUAAUGAAGUAUUAUAAACUAGGUGAUCUUGAUAAAGCUUUAAAGCAGAGAAGAUCUAAAGGAGAAGCAAUUGGUGAAAUGGUCUUAAAAAAGUGGUUUGGGCAAACAAUUUCUGCUUUAGUCUUUGUUCAUGAUAAACAAGUUAUCCACAGAGAUUUAAAGCCGAGUAACAUUUUUAUGGAGGACACUGGAGAUGUAAUCAUAGGGGACUUUGGUGUUGCAACUAUCAUGGAUGAUGCACGUACAAGAACAAGGACAACUGUUGGAACAAUGAACUGGAUGGCACCUGAAGUCCUAGAAAGACCAUAUGAUGAAAGAAGUGAUGUUUGGUCCUUAGGGUGUAUAUUUUUAGAAAUGGCAACCUGUGGCUUUAUGGAUUCAGCCCAAAUGUCAUCUGUGCUGUUUCAAAUCAAGCAAUCUCCACAAAUUUUGGAAGAAACUCUUGAACAAAUUAAAAACAAGCAAAAAUAUUCCAGUGAUUUGUGUCAACUCAUUCGUACAAUGCUAAGAAGAAACUUCCAGCAGAGACCUUCAGCUAAGGAACUACUGGACCUUCCAUACGUCAAAUCUUGUAUGGCUUUACAAGAUAAAAAGUCUAAAAUUGGGUCAGGAUCAGCUAAGAAAGGAGCACCUACAGACAAGAAAAAGGCAAGUGUGAAGGCAGUACCAAAAGACAAAGGUGUAGCUGGUGUCCUACAAUACAUGAAAGAAAACAAAGAAACAGAGGCUUGUCAGGUGGAGGCAUUUAAACAUAUUGAAAAGAUUACAAGAGAACAAGGUGUAUCAUUGAAUGGGGCAACACAGAAGUCAGUGGCUGCUACAAUGAAAAGCAAUAUUGGAUGUCAAAAAAUUCAAAUUUAUGGGUGCAAGAUAUUUGUGAAUAUUCUUCCAAAUGCUGAUGAGUCUGAGGUUGUGUUUACUGCUGAUGUUAUUCAGCCAGUAGUUCUGGCAUUAAGAUCUCAUUCAGGUUCUUCAGAACUUCAAACCAAUGCUUGUCAGUUAUUGAUGCUACUAUCUGCAGAUGAGGCAGCUGCAGAAGUGAUUGGAAGAUUAGGUGGUGUGCAGGAUGUUUUGGCAUCUAUGAGAGCAUUUCCUGAUAAUGUUGAGAUUGCUUCAAACUGCUGUGCAGCACUGUGGAGUCUUGCUGUUAAUGAGAACAACUGUAAGAUUGUCACAACUGAACGUGGUCUACAAGAUGUCUGCAAUGCAAUGGAAAGACACAGCAAUGUGGUUGAACUUGUAGAAGCAGCUUGUUCAGCUUUGUGGUCUUUGUCCAUGGAGGAUGAAAAUAUUGAAUUGAUGGCUGACCUUAGUGUACCAGAUCAACUUAUGUCUUCCAUAGUCGAACAUAAAAAGGAAGCAAAAGUAGUAAAAAAUGCAUGUAUGGCACUUGCGAGUAUCGUAGAAGCAGAUGAGAUGUGUGCUUACAAAGUCAUUGCUUUCGAGGACAAUACAGGUCUGCAAAUCAUAAUGGAUUCUUACAAGGGACUUAAACAGAAUGAAGAAGUUGUCGAAAAUAUCUGUGUCCUAUUCUCAGAGCUCGUUGAAUAUGAUGAGAUAAGAGAAGAAAUGGCUUCCCUUAAAGUACAUACAGUGUUAGCAGAGGCCAAAAUGAAUUUCCCUACAAAUGAGGAGAUUGUGACCCCAGCAGCCAGUGCGCUGGUAAUGUUAGGCGGUGGUAGUCGUAGUGGAAGGCGUGGUAGCUCAGCAAGAUCACGACCACGUAGCGCAGCUCGUAAAUAGUUGCCAUAGCUACCUGAUUAGAUAACAUAAUAUGAUUGUGAGCAAGGUCAUUAAUAAGAAGUGAUUCAUAUUUUUUCGAAGAAACUGUCCGAGAGUUUUACUAUGAUAAAUGAUAUUAUAUGUAUAUUAUUUAGCAGAGUGCAGGUAUACAAAACUAUUAUCACGUGGCUUGUAAUCGAUAUUUGGAAAAAACAGUUGACUGCUUCAAAGUCUGUGAUUAUGAGAUAUUAUAUUGAUACUGGAACAAGAGUACCACAUAAAAUUAGUACCCUCGAUAUAAUGGGUUGUAUCUUUGAUUGCGACUGAGACCUGAUCUCACGUGAAUGAUUCUAUUCUAUAAAGUUCUUUUUAAGGAAGAAUGGACUGAAAUUUAUUAAGAAAAAGGAGCAAGGUGACUUAUCAUGUAGAAAGGAAAUGUAUAGGUAGUACUGUGGUGAUUAAACAGCAAAUUAGCUAUUA